GCAACGUGAAAAAUUCACAGGCAGUAUCGGAAAAGGUCGUACGCUUUUUAUCUUCAAUUGAGUUUCCAAGUACCGAAGUGUUGUUCUGUUAACACGUGGAUUUUGAUUACGAUGGACAGGAACCAACGAGGUAUCUGGAACAAUUUCAACAGGCUUCAAGAAGCGAUCCUAAAUUUGAGCGACGGUCACGCCAGGUCAAGUGUUUUGGUCGACAGUUGGGUACUGUUGCUGCACUAUCGCAUCACUGCUGGAAUAUACCUCAUCAUUUUCAUUGCAGUGACAGCUGGAUGGUAUGCAGAACACCCGUUGUUAUGCGUGAAUUUAGCUGACAGAUCGGAGGUAAAGGAUUACUUCAAGAGCCUUUGUUUCUCGUACGCAUACACAAAUGUCUCAAGAGCAGACGUGAGAGAGGCUGGGAUGGAGGAAGACACUAGAGUAUACGCAGCGCAUUACAGAUGGCUUCACUGGGUGUGUCUAUUGCUGAUGUGCCUGUACCGCUUGCCCUUGGUGCAUGCCACGAGCUGUGCAGUACCUCAUGUCGUGAGUCUCCUCAAAAACAUCAAGGACACCGACGACCGAAAACAACUCAAAAAAUUACAGAUAAGUCAUCUGCUGGUGGAUGAACUUCGAUGGAAUUCGCACGUAUUCACCAAGCUCAUCAGCUGUCAUCUUUUGGCACUUCUGGUUGAUCUUAUAUCUGUGCUCAUUCUAGAAACUCUUCUCGAUAACAAAUUUGUUACACUGAUAACUGCUCUUUACCCGUUCCGACGAGACUCCCGAUUCUUCUCCGACCCUCUUUCUCUACUGUUCCCUCCCUUCGUAACUUGUCAAGUCGGACCAGAGAUGAUGUUGCUGAACUACCGCACGGAAGUCAUGGGGUGCCGUCUGACACUCAUGGAGCUCUACGAGAAAGUCGUGGUAGCACUAUGGUUCUGGAAAGCAUUUCUUAUCACCGUUACAAUCUUCAAGUUGUUGCACUUGAUCAUUUUGGCUUGCAGUAAGGCUUAUCGAAAUUGUUUGGUCAGAUCUUGCGUUGAAGCCAAUGAUGGAGAUUCUACACUUGUGACGGCUCGGUACAGUGUUGGAGACUUGCUGAUUUUGAAUAAAUUGCGACAGCUUCUGGACGGUCACUGCUACAGAGCAGCGCUGCACCACGCGGCGUACGUUGAGUGGUCGGAUCACUUCGACGAUGAGCUUAUACCGGAGGCCCAACCUCAUCUGUGCUGUCGUACUUACUAAAUAAUAUGUUAGCAGCAGCUGCCUUUUGCACAACAUAAUUUUUAGUUUACGUUCAGCGAUUUGAUCAUGUCUUGGUACCCGAGACAAUACCGUACUUG